AUGACACACGUUCUCGAGCACGGAGUCCCUCUAGGGAAAACCAUCGUCCCGAAUUCUGGAGGUCUGCCUCCGGAAGAAGAUGAGCAUACUGAAAUUCUGUCGAGCUGGGCCGACAAAUACAGAGGCGCAACCGUCGCUGAUCUCGAUCUCCCUCCUGCGCUAUCUACCUCGCCGAGUACACCUCUCUCCUCGGCCAUGCUGUCUGCUUCCUCUCACGACUACUCCCAUCUGACGGUGGUCUCAGACGACACCCGCUCAUUGCUUGGCUAUUUGUCGAUUGCCCGUCUCAAGAAGCUCUUCGAAUCUGGAGAAUUGCAACCAUCAGAUCCUGUUGAGAAGGCCAUGGUCAAGUUCAAGAGGGGGAAGCGGAAGUACCGGACCAUCAGCCUGGAAACGGAGCUUUAUGAACUGGAAGGCUUCUUUGAGAAUGUGGGACCCCUGGCGACCGGUGAACCCCAGGAAUUUGCGGUCGUCACUGACGCCGGCCGGAAAUUCGUGCUGGGUGUUGUCACUCGAGAUGAUCUGGAGAUGUUUGUGAAGAAAAGGCCAUAUUGA